UGAUCACACCUACUUCUCCAUUUUGCCACAAACGUUAUCAUUAGUCAUACUAAUGCUUCCCCUCUCAACCUUUACAAUGACCACUACAACGUCACGCAGUGUUUGAUGAAGAACAUAGUCAAUAUUUGCACUUCUUUACGUUUCAAUCCUCCAGAAUAAAUAUAUGGGCACCCUACACUCGCGGAAUCUAGCGUUAGAGCUGGACUAUAAACAUCCAGAGACUGUUGUUGACAGAGGAUCCUCAGCUGCUAGUUUUGAUAAUACAUAUAUAUUUGUGGGAGGUGUCGUUACGUAGUUACAACUCUGAUCCGGGGUGAAAUGUAAUGUCCGGUCGUUCUCAAUAGGAUUUCCCUACUAUCUCGGGAAUUGCGAAAUGUAAAGUUUACUUUAAAGGAAUUUUAUUUCAAACGGCUACAAUUAAGAUUUUAAACCACGCGAAGUUUUUUAAGUACAGACACUCUUAAUAGGCGGUACUAGUGACCAUUGAAUAGGGAUGGCAGAUAAGCAAUGGCAGCCAGUUCAGAUGCAACCCAGACAAGGGGUAGAUUGGAUGACCACCCCCCAGAAUGUGACCGGGAUCCCCCAGGGACUCGAGUACCUCUCUGCUCUGGACCAAAUUAUCAUUAAACAGCGAAUAGAGCUGCUAGAAGUUAUUACUGGAUUUGAAACCAAGAACAAAUACGACGUUUUGAACAGCGUCGGGCAACAGUGUUACUUUGCUCAAGAAGAGUCGGAGUGUUGCAACAGAAUUUGCUGCGGACCAAACAGAGAGUAUGUGAUACACAUCUCGGACAACAUGGGCCAGGAAGUGAUGAGGGUUCGCCAUGACUUUGUCUGUUGUGUAGGAUGUUGCUGGUGUGCCACCGACUCUUCCUGUGGAUAUGAAGUCCAAAUCGAGGCUCCGGUCGGAAACAUCAUAGGUUAUGCCAAACAACAAACUUCUAAGUGGAAACCACAUUUCCGUAUAUUUGAUGCUAACCGGCAGCCAUUGUACGUCAUACGGGGACCUUGUUGUAGUUGCCAAAGCAUUUGUUGUACAGACGACAUCAGCUUUCCUGUAACAGAUCUGACAGAACAGACUGAGCUGGGCCGGAUAUUCAAGCGCUGGGCCGGAUGUGGACGUGAAUUUUUCACAGACGCCGACACGUUCGGAAUCACCUUUCCCGUGGACAUGGCUGUGACCAGUAAAGCCCUUCUGUUCGGCGCUGUCUUCCUCGUGGACUUUUUGUACUUCGAGGAAGAAGACAACAAUAACAAUUAACAUCCAGUGGAGAUGAGCUUGAUCACGUGAUACACACACAGUGGAAGGAACGACACUGCUAUUUUGCAUGUGCCUACACCAGACUAUGUAUAGGAAAAUGUGUUGACAUAGGCCAAUAUUCAUCUGAGAUGCAGAAAUGCAAUGAGAUAGAGACAGCUAUUUAUAAUUUUUUGAAAUCUAACACUGCUAGUAUUAGACUCCUACAUUUUAAAGUAAUUCCUUGUAUCAGAUUCUUUCUUUUUUUUAAUUAUUUUUUUUUUAUAUUUGCUCUAAUCAUAUUUUCGAUUGUUCCAAGAGUUUGAAAUUAACACUGUAUAUAAUUAUUUAUAUUACAUCUUCAGCUUUGUUCAGACAUAUAUUGUGUAUGAUAAGCAAACGAAGCUGAAUUAAUUAAGCUUUUUUCAGUAAAGAUAACAGAGAUAA